AUGUUUUCUAAGCGUUCGCUAGUUGAUAUAGGAUCUUGUGGAACAUGAUUUGAUUCUGCAAGCGGUUCGGUACAAAUGAAGAAAUUUCGAACAAAAGGAUCGGAACUCGCUGAUAGGAAAGGAGAGAAAAACAAAGCAAUGCCAAGAGUUCCGUCAAUCCGCUAUUCAUCGAUAGACGAAGCUCUCUCUUUAUCAUCUCGUGCCAGAUGCAACAUCACCCAAUUGUCAAUUUACUUUCACUAUCCAUCCACUCAUUUUUAGCCCUCAUUCCCUCUCUAUCCAUCCCCUUUUUUUCCAGAAUA